CGUACAUAGUUAUAAGAUCUGCUGUGUUAUGUUAAGGGAAGCGAAGAUGGGAAUAAGAGCUCUUCCCUUGACACCUCCAAAUGGCAAAUUCCCUUCGAAGUUUGGAGUUGCACAAGACUGCUACUUGUCUCGGUCUAACCAUAACAUGAAUAGGUUCAACAACAGGGCCUUUAAGUUUGCAGUUUCAGCCAAAUCAGAGAAGGGUGAAAAGGACGAACCCAAGAACAGCAACCAAUCUUUGUUUAGCAACAUAACGGAAGCCCUGGAUUUUUCUCAAGUUAGAUCCUCGGAGGAUGCAGAGCUUCUGGCCGAGGCCAGAGAAGCCACCAAGUCUGGAGGAAAAAUGUCCAGGGAACAGUAUGGGGCCCUCAGAAGGAAAAUUGGAGGAACGUACAAGGAUUUUUUCAAGUCCUAUAUCGAGGUGGACGGGCAAUAUGUUGAGGAUGGCUGGGUUGAUAAAACCUGCAAGGUUUGCAAAAAAGAUACCAGGGGUGAGUCCAGGCAAGUGGACAAGUUGGGAAGAUACGUUCAUGUGGCAUGUUUGGAGAGGUCCAAAUCAUCCGGAAACUUUUUUACCAGACUUUUCUCAUGAUGAAGGGGAAAAUUGUUAUCUUCGAAUUUGGCUUCUUUUUUUUUAUAUAAUUUAUGUAAUUAAGUUAGCAUGUCAUAAAAGUAUUAUACAAUAAAUAAAAUAUUUUUAAAAGAGUUUCAAUUUUAA